UGUUGUUGCUCAAUUCUAAGAGACUCUGUUGUUUCUGGGAAGCUUGUGAAGAUUAAAAAGGUCGAAGGGAUAAGGUAAAGAAAGAAGGAAGACCAUCGUCUUCUAGCUUUGAUUAUGUCCGUAAAUCUAUAAUUCUCCGAGGACUCGAUGAAGGCUUCUCGAGUUUUGACGGCCGCGGCGGCGAGGGUUGGACCGGCGUUAAGGAAGCAAGUGUUAACCUUGACGGACGAAGCUGCUUCUAGGGUUCAUCAUCUCUUGCAACAGCGUCAAAAACCUUUCUUACGAUUAGGCGUGAAGGCUCGUGGCUGCAAUGGCUUGUCCUAUACCCUUAAUUACGCUGAUGAGAAAGCGAAAUUUGAUGAGCUGGUAGAGGAGAAAGGUGUAAGGAUACUUGUUGAACCAAAGGCCUUAAUGCAUGUGAUUGGAACCAAGAUGGAUUUUGUAGAUGAUAAACUCAGAUCAGAGUUUGUAUUCAUCAAUCCUAACUCCCAAGGACAAUGCGGGUGUGGCGAGUCGUUUAUGACAACAUCUACCUCUAGUGGUAAGCAGAGUGGUGGUAGUUAGCAAACGGUGAUACAUUGCAAAUAUGUUACCGAAGACCGAGAGUCCGACGAGCUUCUCAGUUCAAAGAUUAGGGUUGGUUUGGUCUAGUCCGUUUCAAGUCUAAGCCUACUGUUGGCUGGAGUUACGGCAUUAGAUGUUUCAGGUUUCUAUUAUAGCUUACAGGUUUACACAUCCGGCUGGUAUGGACUCGAACCAAAAGCAGAACUGUAUGUCACAAUGAGGUUGUAUCAAAAUAAGAGUUGUUUAGUUUGGACAAACCUAUAUGAGCUGACCGAAUCAAUCAAAUGAUAUCAGAAAGGAACUAUAUAUCAAUGUUGAUAACAAUUUGAAACCAAAGUUUUAAGAGAACAAAUUAAUGAAUA